AAAGUCCUAAGCAUUAUUUUUUUUUUCCCCACCAACAUGGCUAGCUCUUUUGUCCUUAAGAUAAUUUACUUGGCCAUGAUGAUAAUGUGCAUAAUGUUGGGUCAAAUUUCAUCACUUACACAAGGUGCUCCAACAUGUGGCAAGAUUCGAAUCACAUUAGCACCAUGCCUUUCAUACCUUAGGAGAAAUGGUGAUAGAGACUUGAUCCCUAGAAAAUGUUGUCAUGGGGUUAAGAAGGUGAACCAUGGAACCAAGAACAAACAAGAUCGUCAAUCUGUUUGCAAGUGCAUCAAAAGAACAACUCAGAAUGUUAAGGGUCUGAAUCUUAAGAAGCUUGCUAAUCUUCCUCAAAAGUGUGGAGUUAAAUUGCCCUACAAGUUAUCCCCUUCCAUGGAUUGCAACAAGAUUAACUGAGCUUGUAAGGAACUGUGCUUUUGGAUUAUGUUACUUUAUUGAAGAAGUUGUGUAUCCCUAAAUUCCUAAAUAUAGACUACAAACUAAGAUUUGAGAUAUUGAUGAAAGAUUCUACAAUGUAUUGUAUCACUUGAAAGUAAUAGUUGAUAGAAAUAAAUUAUUAUACUUUCCAUCCAAUCUCCUUAUCCCUCACCAUAAUAAGUGAUAAUACUUUAAUUGCUUCUUCCUUUUCCCAAAAUAAAAAGUUAUUUGGAGGGCGUUAUUUAAGCAUGUAAAGCUUGGUGUCCAUCCAACAUUGAAAUAGGAAGAUAUGUCAUAAUCUAAAUUUUAUUAUUAAUAUAAGAUACA